AUGUUACCGGCGGGACUAACGCUGAACACCCUAACACCUCUUGCGCAAAUACCGGUGGAGUUGCAGCGCCUAGCUCGUUGCGCCAUCAAUGCUCACCGCAACGCUUACUGUCCAUACUCAAAAUUUGCCGUGGGGGCCGCUCUUCUUCACAAGGAUCUCAAAAUUACUGCAGGAUGCAACUAUGAAAAUUGCACCUUGAAAGGUUGUUGUGCUGAGCUUUGUGCCAUUGUGAAGGGCAAUUCCGAAGGACGGCGCACUGCAACUGCAGUUGCUGUAUAUGGAUGUAGUAAAGCCCCGGAUGUUAUGAAUUUACCUCCUCCUGACACAGUCACACCACCGUGUGGGUUUUGUCGUCAGUCGCUUGUUGAAGUUGCCGAUCUCUCCAACAACUACGAGGAUUUUCUCGUCGUAUUGGUUACCCUUGACAAGGAGCGUGUAAAAUUAGUAAAACUCUGCGACAUUAUUCCUCUUAAAUUUGGCCCUUCAAAUAUUGGUAUGGACCUAUCCCAGCUGGCAAAAGAUGUAGAAUUGGGUAAUGAAGAUGAAAAAAAAUGA